GGUGGGGGUUGGGGGUGUGGGGCAACUGGCACCUCACGUCCCAUACCGGAUCUACUAGACUCCACCUGUCAGGAUGGCUGCUCUCUUUCUUUUUUGCAUGCGCGUGCAUGUGCACGUGCGCACGAGCGAGGGCGUGAGUGUGUGUGUGUUGUGGGGGAAUAACACUGGCGCGUGCUGACUCAGGACGAAAUGCGACGCAGCAGCUAAUCGCGGCUGAUUUCUGCUUCUGAUUUUAACCUAGACUAACAGGAACACGGAACACUACCUCAGGUGAAGGGACUGCUUUUUUUCACGGAGUCAACUCUAUGCUUAGCAUUCCGUUUCCUUCUAUUCGCAGUCACACAGGAGGAAACACAUAUCCCAGCUCUAGUGGAUGUUUUUAUCUGCAGUGCCUCAGCCGAGCGGAGAACCGAGGAGCAGAAUGUCAAGACAGUCACAGCAGCAGCACCGGACGCCCAUAAGACACAUUGAUAACACGGUGGAGGUCAAGAGCAAAUUUGAGGCAGAGUACCGUCGCUUUGGUCUGAAGAGGAAUGGAUUUGGUGGCUUCCAAGAGUUCUACCACCUCCUCCAAAACAUCCAUCACAUCCACGGUGUGGAGGUGCUGCUGGAAUACGCUGACAUCCAUGGAGAUCUCCUCCCAAUCAACAAUGAUGAAAACUUCCACAAAGCUGUUUCUUCGGCCAAUCCCGUACUGCGGAUUAUUAUAACAAAGAAAGAGGGUGACUCCGUUGUUUAUACCACCAACUCUCUCCAGAGACGCAGAAAAGGACUGGGCUUAACAGGUCUGCGCCCAGCUGGCUCUGGCUCCAUCCACUCAAAGAACAAAUCGGGCCUCAUGAUUGGCCCACCACAGGACUUCAGACAGAUCUCAUCCAUUAUUGACGUGGACAUUUUACCUGAGUCAUAUAGGCGAGUUCGACUGCACAAGUAUGGCUCCAAAAAGCCUCUGGGAUUCUACAUCCGGGACGGGGUGAGCGUGCGGGUGACACCGCAGGGUGUAGAGAAGGUUCCAGGGGUCUUCAUAUCUCGCUUGGUGCGGGGUGGGCUUGCAGAGAGCACAGGAUUACUGGCUGUUAAUGAUGAAAUCCUCGAAGUCAACGGCAUCGAUUUAACUGGAAAAUCUUUAGAUCAGGUCACAGACAUGAUGGUGGCUAACAGUCACAACUUGAUUGUGACUGUGAAACCAGCUAACCAGAGGAACAAUGUUGCACCUCGUGGGAGUAAAAACUCGAUGGGUCACUCUGGUUCUGUGGGCUCGGGUGGAUCCAUAGGCUCUGCACUGUCACAUGACUCCCCAAGUCCUGCCUCUCAGAGCAACCCUAUCACUGCGAGCAGCAUCGCCGAGGGAGACAGUUACGAGGAAGAUGAUGACGGUGAUGUCAUUCUGGAGAAUGACUGCCUGUCGCCCAAUAAAUACUAUCCAGUCACUAACAGCAACAGCAGCACUCUGAACAGGGACUCUCCUCAUAAAGGGCAACACAGCGUGAUCCCACAGAGCGUGUCCAUGCCAAACAGCCUCGGCACCUCGCUGAGCCACAGCGCCACCAUGAUGUCCCAUCACAACGGCGGCUCCACACACUCAGUCAGCAGCAGCCAGGAGAGCAUGAAAGAAGAUGGCAACGUAAUAACACUGUGACACAUGUAACCACGGCAACAACUUCUGACUGUGGAACAAUUAAGACAUGAUGCUGUAAACUUGACAUCUGAUAAGCAGAUCAGUUGCACAAUUACUUUUAAAGGUUCUCCUUUUAGACCACAGACAUUGUUGAGAACAGCGCCAGCGUUCUGGACUCUCCAUCGCUUUCCAGAGAACAGAGCCAGAAGGACGGGUUACACGGAGCUGGGCUUCUUUAGGAAGCUUCAUUAUCAGGUUCUGUGAGCAAAGAGUAAUUAUGUAUUCUUUUAUUAUAGUGAAGGAAUUAUGGAAAUUAUUUUAAUGAUAUUUUGAACUGCUGACUGUGAAAGAGAACAGAAGAACUGCAAACAAUAAACCAGUCUAGCACCUACUAUGUGAACUCUAAGGGAGUGAGUGACCUUUGUAAUACUUUCUGUUUUCACCAUUUUUAUGGUAAUAACUUAAUAACUUAGUUCUGGACAAAUCAGAGUCAUUUUCACAGCUAUAUAACGCUGCUUUCAAUGUUGUCUUGACAUUUUAUAUUUUGUUUUCAUUUGUGAUCCCUAAAUCUUAUGGAUUCUACAGCACACAUGACAGACGUGGCCAGUUCUGCUGCAUUAAUGUUUGACCAGAAGCUUAUCAUUCUCAAUGCUCCAUUACAUCUAUUACUGACCCAGUUACCUGAAUGAACAGCUGAGAUUAUUUUAAAAGUGGGUUUUCUUUGUAGAGGUUAUGAGUAGUCAGUAUCUAACUUGCAUUUGUUAACUCGCUAAACAGCCUCCAGCUGGACAACCAGAAGCUUCAGUGGUGAAAAUGAGAGUGGUUUAAAGUAUGGCUGUCAUUACUCAGUGAAUAUGUUUACAAUGAUAUUUAUUCAAACAGUUUUGUCAUUUUAAUUAUUAUUUUACCUCCAAAUGCCAUGCUUAACAUACUUUAGGUGGCACAUCCUGUUUGACAAAAAUAAAUUAAAUGAAGUCAUUAUUUAUGAAUAUAAAUAAGUGGCCAGAAAUGAUGUCCAGUAAUUUGAAUGUCAAAUAAGAGGAGACUAAGCUGAAAAAGAACAAAGGUAGACCUAUGUUCAUAUGAAUGCAACUCUAAAAGCAACAUGUUUCUACUGAACUUUAUGUUCAAACUUUAGACUGGAUUUGUCCGAAUGACAAAUAACUUUGUAUACCAUGGAAGUCUUUCUGAUUUAAAUGUGAUUAUCUACAAAACUUAAUGGGAUUUGGUUGGCUGUUCAAAGUCGCUGCCUGUUUAACAUGUGAACAUUAAACAGGGAAACAGACUGGAACCAAGCUCAGCUGACAUACACAGACUGAACACACACACACACCCCUGCACACUGCAGACUUGGUACACAAAGUAAUAUGAAAAGAAGGGUUGUGAUGCCCUCCCUCCUGACAUCAGGAUCACUGGAACUGGCUGAAAACUCAUCUGUUCAGACCAGCAUUGAUUGAUCAUCAUGUCACACCAUUAUGCAGUCAAGUUUUCCAGAGUCCUGCUAAUGACCUCAGUAUUAAGCACAGGUGUAUUGAACAUGAGAUACAUCUAAAGGUUGAAGGACAUCGGCCAUUGAGGAUUAGGAUUUAGUUUUCCAACCGAAGAGAAUCUACGAUGUUUUAACCAUGACUCUCACAAGCUCUGGUUUGGCUGCUGUUCCCAAUGAAGCCGCCCACUCGGUCCCAGGGCCAGGGCCUUCUAUGUAUGGAAACACAAAAACACUGGUGCUCAGGAAGCUCUAGCACCAGCCAAGCACUGGAACUGGUUUGAUUAAAAAGACCCCUGAGAGUUACCAACUGCAAGUGAGACAUUGACAGCUCAACAUUAAAAAAACUUUUCUGAACAUCUGAAUCUUAAAUAUAAGUGAUGGUUAGUAGAAGUAAGCAGAUGGAACACAACACAUUAAGACAGGUUUUUUGUUAUUUUGUGAAAACUGUCCCAAAAUAUUUGAUUGUUUGACUUAAGGCUCAAAAUGCAGUGGCUGUGAGCUUUGUUUCUCUGAGCCUUGAGUGAUGCCAGCCUUGCCUAAACUACACUAGUGUGUUUGCUGCUUUACUAUUUUUCAUACAUCAUUCAGAAAUAAAAUUCAAUUUAGAAUACAA